AUUUUUUUUAAAAAAAGCUUCUUACUUUGGUUUCCAUGGAAGGCGGCUGCUGCAGUUGGGAAAAACGGCCUUGAAAUAAUGUUACGAGCCUUGGUGACUGCUACAGAGUGCUCGGUGGCUCCGCUUCAGUCUUCAUGCAGAGACUCUCGCGCCGGGCACCGGACAGGAGGCACCUGGGGGACACCGAAGGCUCUUGGGUCCGUCCUCCUUCACGAGCACCUCUUCCCUUCGCUGCUUCUCCUUUCUCUGCCUCUUUGCCCCAUGGUUUUGCUAAGGUUUUUGCAUCGUGGUCUGUUGGUUUUGGCUGGCAAACAGGAAAAAAUGUUCCCUGGAGGCUGUUGACCUCAGACUUUCCAAAGACCUACUUUACUCGACCUGGAAUGGCCAGUCAACAAGCAGAAGUUCAGAGCUUGAAACUAAGUAAUGAUUCAAUUAUAGAAGGAGUGAGUGACCAGGUGCUGGUGGCAGUAGUACUCAGUUUCUCUUUCAUUGCUGCUCUGGUGUAUAUGCUUUUAAGAAAUGAACAUCAGAACAUUCACCCGGAAAACCAGGAACUAGUGCGAGCACUCCGGCAACAGCUUCAAACAGAACAGGAUGAAUCUGCUGGUGAUAGACAUCAUUUCUACACUGACAUGUCCUGUCCAGUCUGUUUACAGCAAGCUACUUUUCCCAUUGAAACAAACUGUGGGCAUCUUUUCUGUGGUGCCUGCAUUAUUGCUUACUGGAGGUAUGGCUCAUGGCUGGGUGCUAUUCGCUGCCCAAUCUGCAGACAAACGGUGACAUUAUUUUUGCCACUCUUUGGUGAGGAUCAACCAGAUGCAGCCCAGGUGCUUCAAGAUGUUAGUGAUUACAACCGGAGAUUCUCAGGGCAGCCGAGAUCUAUUAUGGAAAGAAUUAUGGAUUUGCCCACCUUACUGCGUCAUGCUUUCAGAGAGAUGUUUUCUGUUGGAGGCCUCUUCUGGAUGUUUCGUAUCAGAAUAUUCCUCUGUCUGCUAGGAGCUUUGCUGUAUCUGGCUUCACCUCUGGAUUUUCUACCUGAAGCCCUAUUUGGAAUUCUGGGGUUUUUGGAUGAUUUCUUUGUCAUCUUUCUGCUGCUGAUAUACAUCUCCAUCAUGUAUCGGGAAGUGGUGACACAGCGACUGAACAGGUGAAAGGAAUGGAAAUGGCCAGGAUGCUGAAGCUUGCAUGAAAUGUUGGACAAAGGGAACCAUGGCACAAGUAUGAUAAUAAAGCACCUAUAUACAUUUUCUUUUUUUUUACAGUUACAUCACUUUUACUCAGUCUGCUUAUGCAAAUGUAAAGGGUUAAAACUUAGCAAUGGUUGCCUGGAAUCUUUAGUUUGUGUAUUACAUACUCUUAGACAAUGAUGAGGUGAGAUAUAUGAUAUAACAUUACCUACAUCUUCUUGCACUUGAUGAGCAAUUGUAUGUAAUGCAAGAGCAUACACAGGUAUAAAACACAUCUUCAGAUCUAUGCUUUGUGAAAGGAAAGUUCUAGCAAAGCGGUGGUAUGACUGUUAAGAAAACAAAGUAUUUGGAUUAACUUGAUGUAUUAGGACACAGUGUUCAGGUUAGCAAAUUGCUUCAUGUCUCACUGUGGUGGGUAAAACACUUUAAAGAAAAACAGUUUGGCAUCUCUCUCUGCAAAAAGAAACCUAAAGAUAGCAGCAUUACAGUGAAUUUUUCUGCUGUCCAAUAUUCCUAUUAAACAAAUAUUAGGAACAAAUCAGUAUUGCUUAACUGCUGUGUACAAUCACAAGCAGUUCUUACAAUUUUACAUUUCUGUUCUGGAAUAAAUGCUUUCCAUUAAAGUAAAAUAAAGGAGUAAUCAUGACUAUUAUGCAUUCCAGUUAGAUAAUACUGUGGUUUGAAAGAAGCACAUUUUUCACUUGGGUCUUGUCUACUUCAAGGGUAUUUAUUUGAAUGUGAGGUACAUCACACUAUUGUAAAUUCUCCUUUAUAUUGGCUCAGUUUAUCUAAACUGAGAGUUUACAGCAGUGCAACUACAUCUGAGUAGCUGACCAGUCCAAAAAUACUUAUGGUGCCUUUACACGUGCUCUGGGGUGGGGUUAACUGGAGCAGUUCUCGGGAGCUGCUCUAAUUAAAAUAUCUGCAGUGUCUCGUAUUCAGUGUCCCACGCGUCAAAAUGGCGGUGGGGGUACUUUACCUAAAACCUGUUGUACGAGCUUUAGUUAAAGUGCCCCCGCCACCAUUUUGAAAUGUGCGGAUGCUAAAUACAUGCGACACAGAGGCUACUGGAGCAUUUUAAUUACAUUGAGCAGAGUCGAUUAAUCGAGUCCACUCCGAUGCGUGAACGUCAGAGCAGGCAUCGGGUACGUGUAUAGGUGCCCUUAGACGCUGGAUUCUGUUUUUGCUCAAAAGUUUCCCUGAAUUGGGGAUGCUAUGGGGAUGAGAAUAUUAAGAUGAAACACAAUCUUAUUGGACAAAUUUAAACACACAACUUGAAAAACAGUCCAGUUACCUGGGGCCAUAGAAAUCUGCUGGAAAUGUCAAAACAGUAGGAUUUUUUGGUAAGAGUUUUACUCUCAGAUAUCAUAAGCUAUAGAGUUGAAAAUAAAAUAACUUCCUCUAAAGAAUUAACAAUGUCACAAGCCAUUCUGUUGGUGUUAAGUACUUUUUAGAUAAAAGAUAACUAUUUUUAAAGCCAAAAGCAAAUAUUCUAACUUCCUGAAUACUUGAAAAGAAAAAUAAUAGAAAUAGCUGACCCUCUGCCCAUUUACAUGACAUGAGCUGGGACAUGCUUUUUAAAGGGAUUUUAGUACGAUUACCAUUUCUUGUGCCAAAACAUACACUUUAGUACUCCUACAUGGAUGAGGAUGGUAAAAUUCACAUAUCUUUUAGAUACAGCAUGCUGCUGAUUCUGUCACUUUUGCACUGGUGCUUAAGAAGUGCAUGCACUGAUUUUACUUUUACAAGUAUAAAGUGUUUUUGAAAAUUUACUGUUGAAUAUCCAGAGCUAUGUUGUUGUUAACCUGGAUCAUUGAACUUUUCUUCAUACCUGUCCUAUAUUUGAGAUGGGGGAAGGGGAAGAGAAGAGAAAGUGGAGGAGAUUGAAAAUAUAAUUUUAAAACAAAACAGGACUUUUCAUUAAGUGAAUUCUCUAGCUUUGGCUACUUUCUGUUGUUCUUUAACUCCUUACUUCAGCUUUUCCCUUCAUUUUUGUCAUCAACCAAUAUACAGUGAAAACUUAUUGGCUACCUCAAUUAGAUAUCAGUAUGCUAUUGUUCUUUGAAUCCUACUUAAAGCUGGGGAACACAAAACCUCCUUGUAUAUGCACUGUUAAGGUGUCACAGCAAGGUGGUAUUCUGGAGUGUUGGGGGUGUAGGUCUGUGCAGUGCUGCUGUGGAAAUCUCUCUCUUUAAAGAGGUCUGUCUAGUGGCAAAUCCAAGCAGUGGCUGAAGGGCAGGGAAACUUAGCCUCCUUUGUCUUAUGGUGUUUGACCCUCCCCUUAACUUGCUUAGAGCACAGCAUAGACUACUGGUUAUAACCAGUGGAGCCCUCUCUUAGACUUGAUACCUUGUUUUUUAUGCUUUUGUCCGUGCCCCUCUUUACUCUCAGAAUGCCCUUCCUUAGCUGAUCUGCAAGCCUCUCACUGACUGUCAUGUCCCUUCUUCCACCCUCUUCUGUCACAAUACCUAUGCAAAAUUAGUCAACUAAGGAGGCUGUUCCCAAAGCAACGCUUUCUGCACUUGAGCACAAGCCAUCACUGAGUAACUGCCUUAAUCUGGCUGAUGUUAUUCUGUUUCCUCCUCCGCCCUUUCCUUUCUUGGCAGCAGUGGGUCAUCUCAUCUUUCUGAUCAGCAGGCACUCAGUACACCAUUGGGUACCGAUAGGAAUAAUAUAGUCUUCAGUUCAGCAAAGCCCAUAGGUGUAUGCAUUAAUACUAGCUGAAUCAGGACCACUCAUCCAUCCUGUGGAUCCUGGGCUCUUUGGUAUUCUGCACCCACCACAUAUUAUGAAACUAAUAAUAUAGUGCAACUAAGUCAUCAGCAAUAGUGGCUUAAGGAGACAGGUGCUGCACUAUGUCAGCUGAUACAAGAGUUAAAGAUACUGACUGCUGAAUCUGCUUUUUCACUUUGCCCCCACUCUCUCUCUGCUCCUCAUCACUGUCACUUGCAUGCUUGUCUAGACAUCUUCUUUUGUCCUAGAGAAAAUUCUUCACCAAUCACUGCCUUAUUUCACUGGAACCUGUCUCCAUUGUUUGAACGUGUAUGCGUAGAGACAGGAGUCCUUUUUAUGUAUUCAUCACUAUGGUAUCUGACCACCAAUAUGGAUGUCUGUCUAAGUCUUAACAGUAAAUGUCAAUUCCAGUUACAGGACAAUGUUGAAUGGUCCUUUCAGAACAGCUACCGAUAGCCCAUCAUGAGAUUGGAGGCUUUUGGGUUUUGUUUGUUUUUUUUUGAAGGAUUGCAGUGGCCUACACACCCAAAGGAUAGGUCUUUUCUGCAGUCAAGACAAUACUGCAGGUCAUGAAGACCUACCCCAGCUAGCUGCGGCACUUUGUGUAGUGUAGCUCUUGCAGCACAGUAUAGGCUGCUAAGCGUUUCGGAGAAGCUGAGCAGUUUCACUGAGCUUUUAGCUACUGGAACACACUGCAAGCAGCACUCAUUUAAAACUAGCCAGGGUAUACAAGCUGCAGACACACCUUUGGCAUACCCCAGAAAAUGAUGCACUGUCAGGUUAUUCAUUAGGAUUUUCUCCCCUAUUCUCAAGCCAUGUUGAAAAAACUCAAACAGUAGCACCUAAGGAUUAAGAGAAAAAAAUUACAAGUUGUGAAAGGUUGUCACCUCCUCCCUGUAAGCUGUGACCAUGUCAUAAGACCAUGAACAAGGGAGAAACCAAAACAAUACUUCCUAGCUCCCAUGGAAUAUCCUGCAGUAUCCUACGGCCUCACCAUGACCCUUAUUACAAAUGCUAUAUAGAAUGAUCUGUUUCUGGGCUGGUUGUGACCUGUAGCAUCAAUGUCAGUUUAUAGUGAGAGGCAGGCUGCUGGAUGUUGCAGGGAGAAAAUAGCUACAGGUCCCAUAACAGCUGUUCAGGGCUAUGGUCUACAUUCAACAUUAGAUCCUCUAAGAACUCUAAGAUGCCUGCUCUUUUUACUGACAAUAAAUCACUGUUAAAAUAAGGGUGCCUUUGUUGAUUUAUUUUACUGGUUUUGUGGGCUGGGGUCUGUUCUGCCUUCUCCCUUCAGAUUUGGUUACAGAGGCUUUUUUGUAAAGCCACAGUCCCCCAGCAUGGUCACUAUUGCUCUUGUUCCUUUAGUACAUGAUUCCUAGAACUCAGCUCUUGAAGAUGUUUUUGUCAUUGAGGGGACUGAUGGAAGGAUAACAUUUGCCUGGUGCCCCCUAGUGGAUAUAAACGUUUCCCUCCAAGCAGUUCAGCCAUUACACAAGCACCAAAGCUCCUAAAUUAAUGAGCCAAUAUACGUCGUUAACCAAGCACACAGCAACCACCCACCCACCUGCAGUAAAAAAAGGAAAAAGUUAUUAGCAUUUUAGAUGCCUUAGAAGAAAGUAAUCUUCAAAGAGAGGUGCAAGAGCAUGCAUCCUUUUGGAGUAACUUAGAUUGAAGUAACUGGGUGCGUCUACAGGAGACAUUUACUGUGCAGCUGACUAACUAUCAGUGCAAUAAACACCUCGGGGCCUACACAUGCACCCCUAUUAGGCUGGAGUAAACAAAUGUACUCUGCAGCAGGAUAGUACUGGUAAAUGCAAGUAUUAUCCUGCUAUGAAGUAAAAAACUGCAGCAGCACAUGUGUAGAUGCUUCAGGGGCUGGCCAGGGCAUGAGGGUGCUUCAGUGCAGGAGCUACCUGCUAGCUAACCCUAUGCUAAAGCUCCUCCAUCCUCCAGGCAGUCCCUCUGCAGCCCACUGAGCCAGGGAGAAGCAGCCCUGGGCUGGCAGGCUGAUGACCCGAGCCGCCUGCCAGCCAUGGCUGCUGUGACCUGGCUCCAUAUGCUAUGCAUGAAUACAUUCUGGAGCGUAUUGCUCUGGAUGUAAUUGCUCCUGGGUGCACAUUCAACCAGUGCGCCCAGAAGCAACUAACUCCAGAGCAAUAAGCUCUGGGUUUAUUCAUGUACAGUAACAGAUCAGGUGUAGAUGUACCCACUGCGUAGUAUUUGUGUUAGGGUAAGGGUUCCCAUGGGCCUGACUGAACCACACCAUGAACUUCUUUCUCCUUGGUCUUGAGUGGUGAUCUGAGGCCAAAUUCUUAGAUUUGCUUGAGUCCUCUAUGGCUGGGAUGGUUCAAAGUUACUCAGAUCAUCAAAUCAUUUCCCCCCUCUUGAAUUUGGCCAAGAUCUGCUACCAGAUUUCAGUAUUUAAUAUACAUACACAUGUGUUAUCAGAUUCAUGGCCAUUGUGGAAAAGUCCCAUUGAAUAUAAUGGGAGAGAAACAAUAAUGUCUCAGGGUUCUAUAAAUUACCUCUUUGUAUUGGUUUUAUUUUGAUUUAAGCAAUAUGUGAUGUGGUAUAUAGAUCUACACAGCAGCAGCCCAUAUCUCAUUAACAGAGAGUCUCAUUAACUUGCACUGCUUGUCACCAAACAGCAGAAUGGAGCAGUAGGUGGGAAGGCUGGAGGCUGCCUUGGAGAGGCUUCAGAGCAACAGCUUGAGAGGAGCCAUGGAAGAGGUAACAUGAGGAGAAAGACUGAUAAAGUAGGUAGCCCAGGGAAGCAACCAGGGGUAUUUGUUGCCUGGUACAAAUGUCCCUGGCCUGGAACCCAUAGAAGAAGAUAGGCCUAGAUUACCCUGCAUCCCCUCCCUUUCAGAAGGGGAUAUGAUGCAGCUGAACAUUAAGGGACUCAGAAGUAAUAAGACACAACCCAGGGGAAGGCCCCAGCCUGAGCAUAUGGCCCUUUGUAGGAUUGAGUCCAGGCUUCCUUACCCAUGAGAGGACUUGGACUCUGCCAGCAUAGUUAUGCUGCUCUAGUUACUGCUGAACAUGUCUAAAUGGGUGGUGUAUCACUUACUGUUUCCAAAGUGACAUAAGUUAAAGCAGAAAAAACACUCAUACCAGAAUAAGUGCAUGCACAUGGCAAGUUUUACAAGAUAACCAACAUACGUUUUCUUCGGUUGAUGAGACCAUAGACACCUAGUUCUUAUUGAAGGUUUAAGUCAUUUGGACAUUGGGUUACUUCAGCCUUCCUAACCCUGGCCUUGAUUCCUCUCUACCGUAAGUAACUGGAAAAGCUCCCAUCUGUGUGGAUGGUACAUAAACAAACUGUUUCCCUCUUUUCCAUAGCAUUCACUUAUUCUAGAAGUUAGGAGUCCAGUGAUGGCAGUAUAGUAUCAUCUUUCCUUCUCAGAGCUGAUUAUUUUGAAAUUGGUUCCUCUGAGAUGCUGAAAGUUGCUUUUGUCACUGCUUCUCUCUUCCCCUGAUACAGGCUCUGCCCUCUCUUACAAUACUGGGAAAAGGAGAUAGCCCAUGGUGUCCAAAUGCAAAAAGUACAAAGCUGAUCCAAGGAAGGUUUGUUUUUGUUUUAUUUCUUUGUUGUUUAACAUACUGGACAAUGGACUUGUGGAACUCAUUGGCAGUGGCUUCCGCUGGGUUCCCAUUAAGUAGGCUUCAAAUGUAAAACAGCUACGUACAUUAUAAACAUAGCGUGUUAAUCUGAAUGGAGUUUUUAAAAUAGUUGGAAGGGACUGGAACUAGCUUGUCAGGAAUUUUCUGACGAAGCACUGGUCAGAAAUGCUUAUUCACUGAAACUAGAAUGUUCCUUCGAAAUUUCCUGGUUUCUACAAAUGCCCAAUGAAAUGCAAGCAGGAGUCGAGCAGAAACCUACCUAGUGUCCAUCCAGCCUGCCUGUAGGGAGAGUAAGUAGCCAGGGCUCUUGGGUUUGUAACUGUAUAGCAACAAUUACCUUAUAGGCUGUCUCAGAUUUGGGAACGCCAGGGUUUUCUUGCUCCGUGUCUUUGGGAGUUCCUGCCCUGCAGAUUAUCCCAGCAUAAAGGACCCCAUAGUUUUUCAGCUUUUUGCCAGGGCUCAGCUCUGAAGCUUCCAGGCUGAAUUUCCUUUUGAAAUUUACUAAAUGAAACAUUUCAGUUAUUUCUACAUAUUUUUUUUCCUAGAUUUUUCCCUUUCUUGAGAUAUUUGGAAAUAUCAUGCUGAAGUGGAUCAAUACCGUAUUCAAAAUUUCCCACAAAACAAAACAAUUGUGGACUUUUGACCACUUCUAAUCUAACCUGUCAUGCUUCAGAGCAAAAACCAAUCUCUCUGAUGCCUUUGGUUAUUUUGUAUUUUCCCACUGUGGGUUUCUGGUCUCUGUUGGAGACAGAGCACUGAACCCCUCGUAUAAUCCAGUCUGACAGUCUGUGGGCACCUAAGCCAUCUGCCGCUUUCUGUACCCCCAAAGUAGAGGAGAGAGCCUGGCUUAGUGGUAGGAAGAUUUUCCUACAUUCUGAGUGCAGGAAGAAGACAAGGUAAUGAAAUUGGGGCUAUAUCUUUACACAUUAUUCUUCCAUGCUUUCUAGUUGCUACCAACGGUGAGUCAACCAUCUGACUGAUGAAUGUUAAUUGAGAAGUUGUCAUUCCCAAAAUGAAAAAAACUAGUGUGGGGACAGCAUUGAGAGAGAUGCAUGGGUGGGACCCCUUCUGCCACCCUCAGUACAACCAGUCUUCUGUUCAGAUUCAGAUGUCAAGCCUGAAUCUGCCAGAUUUGAAUCCAGAGCCAGGGUAGAGAAAAGUUCCUGUCUUGAUUGGGAAGUUCCUGGGAUUCUCAUGGAAACAAUCCUCUGAGACAACCGUGUACCUAUUUUAGCCAUUAGCACAUUCUCAGUAGGGCUCUUUCAAGG